AUAAUUUUGUUAAGAUAUAUAAAUUUCAUAGUAUUUUUUCCUGUGGUAAGUAAAAAUUAAAAAUAUUUUUAACUGAUCUUCAUGAAAAAAUAUUUUUAUAUAUUAUUUUACUUUGACAUAGAUAAAACUUUUCUUUCAUCAUAUGCGUAUGGAGGAAAAUAUAAUACAAGAUUCCACAGAAAUAGAAAUACGAACGAAAUACAUCAAUAAUUGCUAUCAUAUGAUGGAUAUUUUUUUCUGGAUAAUUUAUGGAACUGCUGCACUUUUUAUUAUAUUCAUAUUGUAUCCCAUGGCAUUAGAUUUCAUAAUGCCUUUAAAAAACGAAACUCGUAUACAUAUCAUUCAUUAUGUUAUAAUAUUUUCUUACAAUCGAAUCAUAUAUUUUGAUAUUCUAAGUUUGAAUUUUAUGUUUGUUGGAAUAUUUGGAUCAUUAUCUAUAACAUGUACGGAAUCGAUAUUUGGAUUUUUCAGUUUUCACGCAAGUAUAUUGUUUAAAAUUAUUAGCUAUCGAAUACAAAAAAUUGUUACAUAUUUGUCUAUACUUAAUCUCUCAUCGAAACAAAUUGACAAAAAACUCACAGAGUUAUAUCGCGUGGUGGAUAUUCAUAACCAAGCUAUCGGACUUAUCAAUAUCUUGAUAAAUAAUUCGGGAACACAGUUUAUACUAUCUUCUCUUUUGUGCGUGAUUUCAAUGGCGAUAUGUCUAUAUCGACUUGUAAAUGCGAUUAUUGCUAAGAAAGAUCAAUUAGAAAUUUUGAUUUCUUCUGUGUUUUUAAUGAUACAAUUGAUGAUUAUCUUUCUAUAUAAUUAUAAUAAUCAGAUACUUAUAGAUAACAGUCAAGAAUUGUUAAAUGAAUUAUAUAUUUCUACGUGGUAUUUCGUACCGUUAAAAGUACAAAAGAUUUUAUUGCUGAUCAUGAUACGUAGCUCAACAUUAUGUAUGUUUCACAUCUUAGGUGUAUUCAUUCCAUGCUAUACAGGAUUUUCAAAGAUAUUAAGUACAUCGUUUUCAUAUUUUACUAUGAUAUAUUCAAUACAAUAGAAUCAAUGGUUUCAUAUUAGACAUGUUGGCAUAGAAAUAAAUAAUUGAAAUAUUGCUCUAUACUUUGUUUUAAUAUUUGUUUCUUACUUUAUUUACUUUUCUCAUUAAUAUUUGCCCGAUCAAAUAUUUUAUUAAUAUUUUCUCAUAUUGUCAACCAAUUUAUAUUAUUUAUUGAUCAUUUUAUUAUUGUUGUAAUUAAUUUAGAAUAAUUGCAAUAUUUUAUUCCGUACAUAA